CCCUCAACUCAGAUUUCCGUGUAAUGUCGCGUCAAAUAAUUGGGCUCUAUGCCCUCAACAUUAAUCCGAAAGACACAGCACUGUAAACUCAUUCGGCAGCCUUUGCAAAGGUAGCUUGUAUAAAAGUCUGCUACCAAAUGGCCGUAAAAUUCAACAGUUACUGUGUCUUCAAGCCUUCCAAGUUAUCUAUUCAUGUCGUCUGUUUCAAGUGUCAGCAAUGAACAAAGCGCGUCAAGAUCUUCUAAACCUCGAGGUCCAUACACAGCAAGAGGACAAUCAUGCUCUAACUGCAGGAGGCGCAAGAUUAAAUGUGAUGGCAAACGACCAACAUGUUCACAAUGUAUGCGCUCUUCUAGUCCCACUGAACAGAUGGUAUGCGAGUAUACCGCCACAAAUCGUUCCGAAAUACAGGCAUUAGAAGCAAAUAUAAAGGUCUUACAAAAUCGCAUCCGUGAGUUGGAGGUUGUACAAGAGACUGACGAUGCUGGUGUCACGCUGUAUCAACCCUACGCAGCUUCGUCGGCUCCAGCACCCUUGUUGGAGGAUGAAUUUCAUACUGGAGUAUCAGGUGGCCAAUUACAGGAAACUGACGAAAAUAUGUCCCAACCAUUCCUUGAUAUAUUUCUUCGUUAUUCUACCGAACUGGGUUUUUUUCUUCAUAUCCCACGAUUUCGAGACUCUAUGUCGCUUCCUAAAGGGAGUCCGGGAAGACCUUCUGAGGGUUUAAUCAGCACGGUAUACCUUCUAGGCUUUCAUCUUUCGGGAUUGAAUGUGGGAGAUGUCCAACAAAGAGAACAAGCCUACCUAUCACGCGCCCUCCUCGAUGUCGCUAACAUUCUGUCGUCCCCACAUCGCGAUAGAACUGUGCAUGCCAUACAAGCAGAGAUCUUACUUGCUGGACACUUCUUUAGCACGGGUCGCAUUCUAGAGGGUAAAUAUCACCUUCACGCCGCUCUCUCCAUCACAAUUGCCGCAAAGCUGCACAAGAUUCGUUCUCAGAAUACAGAUCCCGGUUUUCCCGGAAUGUCUUCAUCAGAUAUCUUUGGCAAUAUUUCGCAGUUAGAUGUUCCGCUAGAUCAAAUUGCUGAGGGUGAACGGAUUAAUGCAUUUUGGACAACAUUCACUAUGAGUAAUUGUUGGGCUGUCGCAGCUGAUUCCCCUCAAAAUUUCAUAGUAGAAAGCUUUGGGCCAACUGUUGAUACACCUUGGCCGCUUGAUAUGGAUGGGUAUGAACAGGGUCUCUUACCCUUUAAUAUUCUGGGAAGGGAGACAGUGACCAGGUUCCUCGAGCAAAAUUCAACUUUCACGUUAGGAGAUAAUUCUUUCAUCUCCAUGUAUGCAAAAUCUUCCAUACUUCUUGUCCGUGCAGCUACUCUCUCAGCAAUUUAUCGUACCGAUAUGUGGCAACAAAGAGCUGAGAUUUUUUCGGUUCAAUUUACUGCAUUGGAUAACUUGCUGAGCUCUUUCAACUCAAGUUUAAUUCCUUUGAGCCAGAAUGCCCCGGCUUCAUCCGAGUACUUUUCAUAUGCCUUUGUUACACACCUAACAACAAAGGCUGCCAUCAUUACCCUGCAUAGCAAGCUCAGGGAUAUUUCAUCUGAAUCUGCAGAGAAGGUGCUCUCGGCGGCAGAGGCCUGUACAGAUAUGAUAGCAGGAAAUAUCAGUUCGGACUCUACAGCACAUGCAAAUCCACUUCUCCCGUCAUUGUGGAUGACAGUAGGUCAAGUUUUGAUUGAAGAGCUCCGCAGACUUAGAUCUGAGCACCAGUUUCGAGCAGUCGCUCGAGCUCCAGGAAGGGAAGAGGCUGUCGAUGUAAAGUUACAGCAGGUCCUUACCACUAUGAGGCACACUCCUGCUCAUUCUCCAUUGAAUGAUUAUAUGUUCUCGAAACUGCAGGAAGCAUACCGCAAUCUUUGAUUGUCUUGCAUCCAAAACCUUAAAAUCACAUUUUAGGUUCAAAUAGAAUUGGUUACUGUAUAUCAGUUAGAUAGAUACUUUAUAAAUGUCGGUCCAGGGUUUCGAAAUUUCAUAGAGCAAAAAUACUU